GUUUUGGCGUGCGAGGUGCUCCUCGCUUUAUGUAAGUCAAGCGCGAGACAUGGAGCCCAACGACGCAGUCAUGGAGUUGGAGCUGGAGCAGGGAGCUGGGGGCACUGAGCCGGCUGGCGGGCAGAUGAGCAGAUCUGGUGGCGGUGGGGGGUGGAGCGAAUGCAGUGCAUAUGCAAUGCGAACCGCCGAAAUGGGCAGCACCAAUAGGAGGCACUCGAAGAAAUUGGUGAUUAUUUUAUAUUUUCUCAAAGUGCCGGCACAAGAUGGCAUGGUGCGCUUGGAAAAGCUGCCGCUGAAUGGAAAAUUGCGGCGACACGUUUUCGCCUGGGUCCACUGGGAUGGGAUGGGACUGUGACCGGUCUGAGUCGGCGGCGGUCUGGUGUC